UCGGGCAUCCAAACGAGGGGCACCAGGUCCGGUCUUGUUUCCGCCCCUUGCCGGCCAUGGCGACGGCCGCAGCAGCGUUGUCUCUCCUCCCCGUUUCGCUUCGGCGCCCGCUGACGUCCUUCUCCAAGAAGGGUAAUGGUGGCAGAAACGGAAUAAAGGUUUUUGCUGUGUUUGGAGAAGAAGAGAGAGGUAGCUUGGAGAAGAGGAGCACUUGGGAAGCCAUUUUUGAUGUGGAAGAUCCUAGGCCUAGAGUGCCACAUUUUAAGGGGAAACUCUUGGAUAUGAACCAAGCUCUGGAAGUAGCCAUGUUUGAUAUUCAAUAUUGUGACUGGAGGGCUCGUCAAGACUUGCUAAGCAUUAUGCUUCUUCAUGAGAAGGUGGUCGAUGUCCUUAACCCUUUAGCUCGUGAGUUCAAGUCAGUUGGCACCAUGAAGAAGGAACUUGCAGAGUUGCAGGAAGACCUUGCACAGGCCCACAGGGAGGUUCAUAUAUCAGAAGCAAGGGUAGGUGCAGCAUUGGACAAGUUAGCAUACAUGGAAAAGUUGGUGAAUGAAAGACUAUUAGAUGACAGGAGAUCAGAUCAAUUUAAUUCUGAGGCACAAUCUCCAAGCAUUUCUUCAUCAUCCAUAGAAACCUCACAAAAUAAGUUGCCCAGAAGAGGGCUAAAUGUCUCUGGUCCUGUCAAAUCAUACCACCCUAACUUGAAAAACUUUUGGUAUCCAGUGGCAUUCUCAUGUGAUCUAAAAGAUGAUACCAUGAUACCAAUAGAUAUUUUCGAGGAGCCAUGGGUCAUAUUCAGAGGAAAAGAUGGUCAACCAGGCUGCGUUCAGAACACCUGUGCUCACAGAGCCUGUCCUCUUCAUCUAGGAUCAGUGACUGAAGGCCGUAUUCAGUGCCCUUACCAUGGUUGGGAAUAUUCAACUGAUGGGAAAUGUGAAAAAAUGCCAUCCACCAAACUGCUUAAUGUGCGGAUUCGAUCAUUGCCAUGUUUCGAGCAAGAAGGAAUGGUUUGGAUUUGGCCAGGUGAAGCACCUCCUAUGGCUACUAUUCCUUCUUUGAAACCUCCCCCAGGCUUUAAAGUUCAUGCAGAGAUUGUGAUGGAGCUGCCCAUUGAGCAUGGGCUUCUUUUGGAUAACCUCCUUGACCUUGCUCAUGCUCCAUUUACUCACACCUCAACAUUUGCCAAGGGAUGGAGUGUUCCAAGCUUGGUGAAGUUCCUCACACCGGCAUCGGGCAUGCAAGGGUACUGGGAUCCUUAUCCUAUCGACAUGGAAUUUCGGCCUCCUUGCAUUGUCUUCUCGACAAUCGGAAUUUCAAAGCCUGGAAAACUGAAGGGAAAGACUACUAGACAAUGUUCCACACAUUUACAUCAACUUCAUGUAUGUUUGCCAUCCUCUAGACAGAAAACAAGGUUGCUGUACAGAAUGUCACUGGAUUUUGCCCCAUUUUUGAAGAACAUCCCCUUUAUGCACCUCUUGUGGAGACACUUUGCUGAGAAGGUGUUAAAUGAGGACCUGCGGCUCGUGAUUGGCCAACAGGAACGGAUGCUCAACGGGGACAAUGUGUGGAACUUACCAGUCUCAUAUGACAAGCUUGGGAUACGAUAUCGCCGGUGGAGAGAUGCACUCGAGAGAGGAGCUAAGCAGUUACCAUCCACCAAACAAGAUGAAUAUCUCUGAUGCCCAAGAAGUCCCUUUAAGAUAUUACUCUUGUCUCCCCCACUGCCAUUUAUUUCAUGGAAAACACAAUGAAUUGUUGAUGGAGGUCUAAUAGCCGUGAUCCCUGUGAAGCUCAGUAUGAAGGAGAAACAUCCAAGUACCACACACAUUCUGAAGCAGAAGCUGAUCUGGAAUGAUCUGGCUGUUCUUGUGAAAGUGAGCUGUACAUUAGUUGGGAUUCCAAGGCAUGCAAGAAUGUCUUGAUUGUUUUUUCAUGUACAUUAUCUGUAACAUUUUUGUAUUCUUCACCUCCUCUCUGUCAUUGAUGUCUGCAAUCUGCUGUAUUCCAAACUAAACUAUUGUGUGGUAAUAUCCUUCAGUCUUGCCAAAA